AUGUUCAGACUUACUUGGCUCUCUCGAAGGACUAUUGUAACAGAUCUAUCUUCUGUUAAGCCCCGAAGAAGAAUCAUUCAAUUUAAAGAUAAACUGAAUAAAGGUCCAUCAUUCCAGGACUUCUUAACUGGUAAGGCUCAGAAUAUUAUAUUUGAUCCAUUGGAAGAGAUACGUCAAAAUAUGGAUGAUGAUGAAAUGAAGAAAUUACCUUCAUGGCUAAAAGUGCAGAUUCCAAAAGGUAAAAAUUUUACGAAAGUGCAUAACGACUUAAAAGAUUUGAAAUUGACCACUGUAUGUCAAGAAGCUAAAUGUCCCAAUAUCGGCGAAUGUUGGCGUGGGAAGGAUAAGAGCAAGGCUACUGCUACCAUCAUGUUAUUAGGUGAUACCUGUACAAGAGGUUGCAGAUUCUGUUCGGUGAAAACUAGUAGGAAUCCGGCACCACCAGACCCUAAAGAACCAGAAAACACUGCUGAAGCUAUUAGAAGGUGGGGACUCGGAUAUGUCGUGUUAACUACCGUAGAUAGAGACGAUUUGGCCGAUGGAGGGGCCCACCAUCUUGCUCAAACGGUAAGACUCAUCAAAGAAAAAACUUCCAAUAAAGUCUUGGUAGAGACAUUAUCUGGAGAUUUUAGAGGAGAUAUGGAGAUGGUUGAUGUAAUGGCAAGAAGCGGAUUGGAUGUUUACGCACAUAAUCUCGAGACUGUUGAAGAACUCACACCGCACGUAAGAGAUAGAAGAGCCGGUUACAGACAGUCACUCGCUGUCUUGAAAAGAGCUAAGGAGACAGUGCCAACUUUACUUACGAAAAGCUCAAUAAUGUUAGGAUUUGGUGAAACUGAUGAACAACUUUUAAGAACUCUAAAAGACUUGAGAACUGUUGAUUGCGAUGUCGUUACAUUUGGACAGUAUAUGAGACCUACAAAGAGACAUAUGAAAGUAGUAGAAUACGUGCAUCCUACAAAAUUUGAAUAUUGGCAAAAAGUUGCAAUGGAUUUAGGAUUUGUAUAUUGCGCCUCUGGUCCUUUAGUUAGAUCAUCCUAUAAGGCUGGGGAAUACUUUAUUGAAAACGUACUGAAAAAAAGGAAGCUAGAUAACUUGUGA